AGGAGGAGGAGGAGCAGGUGGAGACAAAAGCCGUCUCGCCGCCGCCGCCAGGGGCUGUAAAUGCUAACGCUCACGUCACCCAGCAGCCAAGCAAACAGGCAGAGUUUCAGGUGAAAGAGCAGGUCACAGUGCAGGUCAAAACGAAAGAAGAGGCUCAUCUGAAGAAAGAAGCACAGAAGGAGGACGAUAGACAGGAAAAAAGACAAAUCAGUAAAGAAGAUCAAGGCAGCCAGCUCAGUAAAGAGGCUAACCUCUGUGGUUUCAAACCAAAUGAAGGRGAACCGGAACAUAACCUGAACAAACACCACAAAGCAAAUACUAAAGUCACAGCUCUGGUAAGCACAGGCAUGAUCAAGCCGAUGGGAGACGCCAACGCAAACCACAGAGAAGACAGUGUGAUGAAUGGAGCAGUGAAGCAUCAUGGGAAAGGCUCAGUGUGCAGUCAUCAAACUAAGCUGCAAACACUGCACGUGCUGACAUCACCCGACCCAAAGGCUAACGGGGGCUCCCAGGAUCUGAGACCAUCUGUGACUAUCCUUCCGGUCAGACACCUGUCACCACCGGUCAUCAAGCUGGAGCCGCUAGACGUGAAGCGCUCAGGGUCCAUUGAUGAGGUGCAGUCGAUGGACGUUAGUCCAGCUUCAAAAGAGGAACUAAUUUCAAUCCCGGAGUACUCACCCGUCAGUGAAGUCCAGCUGGCCGUCACGAGCAACACCCGUGCUCUUGAAGACCUGAUGGACCUGACAGGAAGUGUCACGUACCAGAAACUCUCCUCCGAGAGCAGCGUAGGCGACUGCAACAAGAAUCUGAUUGAAGGCAUCGUUAGUCCUAUGUCUGACUCAAAGCUCCUGGUGAUUCCAUCUCCAUCCUCAAACAAACUUAGUGUCAAGUAGUUUAUUAAAGCGAUGAUUCAGAUGGGGUUCUGUAGAAAGGUUAUGAACAGUUAAUAUCUUACCUGUUUUAGACAGCUUUUCAAACAACAUUUUUCAGAGAAAUAAAGUUUAAAUCUGACCGUAUUGAUGAGCUAAAGGCAUUGCUGAACCCCAUUUCUCCAAACUGAGGUCGCGUAAAGAGUUAUCUACAACAGGUAAGAUAGUUAUUCCUAAUCCUGUCACAGAUGCCCAUUUCAAAAUGCCUGAACUAUCUCUUCAAGCUCUUUCUURUCCUCUAUGUUGUCAUCUCUUUCUUCAAUUUCUUUGUCUUGCACACACUUUUACACACACUCACAUUCAACUCACACAAACACA